AUGGCCCACACGACUUUCCUCACGCGCACUGACAACGGUCUCCAGAUCGACUCUGACCUCGCUCUCCUCGAUGCACUCACCGGCCUUGAGCUUCCCGACGUAAAGGCAGGUUUCAGGCGACGAGACGCAGAGCUUGACCCUCUCCUACUCGCUGCCACUGCAGCCUCUGGUCCCAAUGUCACCCGGAAUCACUACCACCACGACUUCUUUCCAGGCGUCAUGCUUCCCAAAGCAGAGGGCUCCUGGGACUGGACCAAGUGGAAGGGAGAGCCUGCGGGCGUCGCCCACCAGGCGCCGCGUUUCAAGUAUGUCAGCAGGCAGGCGCCGCGCCAUCUGCGUCUCAGGUCUGGGGACAAGGAGAACGCUCUCGCAGGUCAGCCAUCACAGUCUGCCGAAAACAUACCCCUUGUCGGCCCGAAACGAGACCGUGCACCUUCACAGUCUAUUGCCCUUCCGUCCCUCCCUUCUCCGCCAGUCUUCCGCCUGUCGGAGGAAGUCCAGGUGACGUGCAUGGCUCGCACUCGUAUACCCACUCCCCACGGGCUCGCGUUCCUUCACCUCUACCAUAAUAAUCAGGAUACCAAAGAACAUCUCGCAAUUGUCGUCGAUCCGGCGCAACUUUCGGACGCCAAGUUUCCCUUAUCCGCUCCUCCCAUCCGAAGUCGCACUCUCGACGCGGUCUGGAGCCAGUCCGAGACAGACAUGGACAGGCUUACCCGCGGCGCCUACGUUGGAAGACUGUCUCCCCACUCACGUGUAGUCUCUUCGCCCACAUCUCAUUCGCCUCCUCGUCCUAAUGAUGCCAUUCCACCCCCUCUCAUCCGGAUCCACUCCGAGUGCUUUACGGGAGAGACUAUAGGCAGCAUGCGCUGUGACUGCGGUGAGCAGCUCGACGAAGCGAUUCGACUCAUGUCGCAGCCGAUCCCCUUGCAUUCGUCUAGUACGUCCGGGCACCCUCAACACAUACCGGGGCGUGGCGUUGUCGUGUACAUGCGUCAGGAAGGCCGUGGGAUUGGCCUGUUGUCGAAAAUCCGCGCAUACAAUCUGCAAGAUCUCGGGCACGACACCGUGACGGCCAACCUACUUCUUGGGCACAAGGCCGACGAACGAGGGUACGAGAUCGCAAUUGCGAUCCUGCGUGACCUCGGGUUGGGGUCGGAGACAGGGGAGGGGGUGAGAUUGUUGACGAACAACCCAGACAAAGUCCGAGCACUUGAAAAGGAAGGGCUCAGGGUGGUAGAUCGCGUGCCAAUGGUCCCGCGGAGUUGGCAGAAAGGACAGCAGCAGGAGUCGUCAUCACCGCACGUGGCCGGUGUCGACAGCGUGUUAGACGGAGGGGAAAGGACGGCGGGGGCGACGAUGGUGGGCGGAGAUGCUGUUCACGGGGAGGACUUGGAAAAGUACCUGCGGACGAAAGUGUUGCGGAUGGGACACAUGCUGCCGCUGUUCCCAGAGAGGACGUGCUGACGAUGGCGCGCCCUUGUGUUUUGACUGUCCUUGGAUGUAUUCUGCGGGUGCUUGUGCAUUACUACUAUUAAGCUAACUUAGACGAUUUAUUCCAUUAUUUAUUGC